AUGUUUGAAUAUUGGAUAUUAAUUUUUCCAGGCCUGUUAGGAAUACUAACAAAUAUAUAUGUGUAUCAUGGUAAGUGUUGACUUUUAUUCAGUAGGUUAUGCUUUGUAAUAUUUAAAAUAAGUGAACUCUUAAUAUAACGAAUCGUUGGGGGAUUGUAAAAUUGUUCUUAUAUAUCGGGGUUUUGUUGUUUCUAGAGUCCUGUAAGAACUAAUUUCAUAUUUUUUGUGGUGGGUUUUAAAAAAUUCGUUUUAACUGAACUUUUAAACUAACUUUAAUCACUUUUAUAUGAUUUGUUACUGUUGAUAUAACAUUUGGUAAGUUUGCAGAUUUCAAAAAUACUUUCAACCAAACUGUAGUAAAACUGCCCGUAAUAAACUUUGAAAACGCGUUGUUUUACGUUGAAGCAUACGUUGGUGGAUCGUUGUUUGAGUUUUUAGUAAACACAGGUAGUGCGCUGACUUGGGUUUACAGUAAACAUGGAGACUCAACUGAUAUGCCUAUUUAUUGUCGGAGAGAAGAAUGUCUUAAGCAAAAGUUUUUUACUUUGCCAAAGGUACCAUUAGACGAUAAGCCAAAGAUACUGAAUUACAUAAGUGGUACGAUACAUUAUGUUGAUAUUAAUGAAAAUGUAACGGUGAGUUAUAUCUUUGUGUUAAACAUUUAUUGAAAAAGGUUUCGUGUCUUUUAGACACUACUUAGCCCUACCAUGUAUUUUAGUUAAAAAUUUGAUUUUUAGUUUGGUGGCGAUUUAAAACUAAGGUUGACAAUAGGCGGUGUGGUCUACAAGUCUGUACGCAUUCCUAUAGGUAUUCUUGGACUGAGUUUUAGUUACCCACCUGAUAAAAUAAACAUUUUCGACCAAGCCAAUGAAGUCGGGGCUUUAACGCCAAACAUUUUUACUGUGGUGUUCAACCACUGUUAUGUAGGUAAAUGUGAUAACGGAGGAAUGCUCACACUUGGUGGGUUUGAUUAUGAAAAUUGUGAAAGGGUGGAACAUUGGAUUAGAAGUUUACCUGAGAUGCCGUUUUGGUAUUUUGUCAGUGAUACAUUAACAGUUGGAAAUAUAUCACACAAUGACGUUUGCGUAGGUUUAUUUUAAUUUAAAGCAGUUAGUCGGUGCCAAAACAAAACAUUUUUUUUAUGUGAAUUUCAGAUUUUAACUGAUACUGGUAGUUCUGUCAUUUCACUGCCUGAGGAUAUGAAAAAGUACAUUUACAAUUACUUGAAAGUAGAAACGGAUGAAGAAGUUGACUGUUUUAACGAUAUGGAAAUCACAAUCACCAAAGAUGGUUUCACAUACUCUUUCAAUAUCAGCCGCUUUUAUCAAUACUCUUUCAACACUGAUACUGUGAGUCGAAAGUGCUACCUUUCUUUGCUCACAAGAGAUAAAGUUUGUUUGAUUUUUGGUUCUGGAUUCAUGCAAGAUUAUUGUCAUGUUCACGAUUAUGGAAACAGAAGAAUGGCAUUUGCAAAAAGGAAACGACCUUAUAUUGGACAAUACCUUGAUUUUCAGAUUUUAAACGGUCAAUUUUGGAAGCAUCAAACGAAACUGUAG